AUGUCUACUAAUAAUAUAAAAAAUAAUCCAAAAACUGGAACAGAUCCUCUAUCAAAUAAUCAUAAUCAUUUUAAUUAUAUUUUUAGAAAUGCUAGAUUACAUAUAGGUAAAGGUGAUAUAGCUACUUAUUCAAAUUGUCCAUUAAUAAUCAAAUUUACAAAUAAUUCAAUUGUACUACAAUCUAAUAAACCUAAUUGUAGUCAAACAACACCAUGGAUUGUAAAACAAGAAGAACAACUAGCUAAUAGAUCAACAAAUAAUAAUCGAAUUUCAGAAAUAAUUAAAACUAUAUUAUUACAAAAUAAUAAAAAUAGUGUCAUUGAAAUAAUAGAAGCAGAAUUAUAUUUAAAAUUUUCUUUAUUAUUAAAUAAUUCAGGAACUCUUGGAUCACCUCCUGAAAAUUUAACUAAUAUCAGUUGGGGAUAUUAUGAUACGAUAGCUUAUUUACAUAGUGAAAUAGUUUUACGUAAAUUACUUUUACAAAUUACACAAAAAGAAAGCGUGAAGGUAGUAGUAGUAUAA